GGUUGUCAUCUCGGUGCGCUACAGCUGAGUAGACUGUGUCCAUUGGCCAGGGGAAGAUCUCAAGCCGUCGUGUAUUGAAAUCCAGUUGUGCAGCCGACAGGUGAAAAUAAGCGAGCCACUGGAUGCCAUCAUGCAUUCACUCCGAGUCACCAGAGUACCCUUGUCCUUGCAAGUUUCGGCAUUUCUGGCCCUGAGUUUUGCGGUUUUGGUUGGGGCCAGAUAUACGCCUUCUAAGUUUUACAAUGAGAUGCCAGAAUAUAACGAAAUGCCACAACCAAAUACGGAUGUGGAUUCCGUUCAGCAAUUUCUGGACAUACUACGGAUACCAUCGAAACUGCGGCCCCUCUCGCACGAUUUCCCGACAAUGAACGACUUUAUGGAGAUGCCUUCAAUGGAAGGUGCGGAUGCUCAACGGGUCGCGUUUUCCGAGAGCAAACCAGACUACACACCUGCCAUAGAGAUACCGCUGACGGCGCGGGACAGACGGUCACUUCCCUACCCUUUUUACAAGAGAUCAGUGGUUAACUCUGAGGAGACUGUCAGAGCUUGUGAAGCACAGAGCGACUGGGAGCAGAUCACACGAGCGACCGCUUUGGAAAACGAAGAUGUUAUCUUGGGAACCCGGCAGUGGUUCUGGCAGACGACCUGUUCGGACGAGGAAGCUAAAUGCUACGGUUUCAAGGAAACGCCGCACAUGACGUCAAGCUGUCGACCCGUCUUCUCCUGGGUAGUGGCGUGGGCACGGCCGGCGUCCGUCAUGAACUACACGUGGCGUUUUAUUGCACUGAAAACAUGCUGCUCGUGCGCCGUGAUCAAGACGUCAUCGAAUCUCCAGUAAUUUCACAGUUUCUACCACAGAAUAGAAUCGCACCUGAAACUGUUACAGAUACAAGUCGCCUGGAAGAAUUAAAGUGACCAACUGCAAGAUGUUACAAUACUUCUGCUUAGAUUCCACACAUAGACAGACUUCACAGACUGAUUCAGCACCAAACCUCACAACGGAGAUCCGGAGAGAAUUGACAAUAUACAAGUUCAUGUAUCUAUAUCCGUUGCGGUUCGGGUAUUUUAUCGCUUUCGACUUUUAAACUUUUUUCAAGCAAAUGUUCCUGUUUAAAUGAAGCAAUUUCAGAAUAUCUGAGUUACAGGACACUGGCUGAAUAUUAAUGGGGUAUUUGGGGGGGGGGGUUGUGUGUGUUCUG